CACCCUCACCUUUUUACUAUAUAAACUACCCUCGCACCCCUCUCAGAUCAGGUUGACACCACACCAGUCUAGGAAUUGAGCUGUUGAUAAUCAUGGCGUUCGGUAAGUUGUCUUUGGUGUGUCUGGUUCUCGUGUUUCUGUGCUUUCAGAGUUUAAUCCGGUGCAGUGAGAUCGAAAACGGGGGAAGAGGUGAAGGAAGGAGAAAUCCUUACAUUUACAAGAGGGAAGAGCAUGAGAGGAGAUUGGGGACUGAUCGAGGUGAAGUACGCGCAGUACCCAUCUUCAGAGAGAGCCGUAUUUUGGCAAAUGAUCUCAGGCAUUAUGAAGUGAAUUGCUUCCACAUUGAACCCAAUUCUUUCAUGCUUCCUCACGCCAGUAGUGCAGACCAUCUUAUGUUUAUCAAGCAAGGAAAAGCAACAGUCGGAUGGGUAAAUGGGGGGGAUUCCAGAGAGGUACAUGGGGGGAAAUCCAGAGAAGAGAAUUUGGAAAAAGGGAGCGUCUUCUUCAUUCCCGCGGGUGCAAUCUUCUAUGUGAUCAAUACAGAGCAGAGCCAAGGCCUGGUCGCCAUUAAUCUGCUCUACAAUAAAAACCCCUACCCAGAGAGACAUCAUGAGUCCUUUUACAUUGGAGGCGGGCGAAACCCACCCUCUGCCCUGUCUGCUUUCAGAACAGAGACUCUUGAAGCUGCCUUCAAUACUGAAAGAGGACACAUUCAGACGCUAUUGAGCAAGCAGGACGAAGGGGUAUUUACAAGAUUUAGCCAAGAACAUGGUAGGAAGCUAAUUUCGCUUAUGAAAGAAGAACAUGGGAGCCAGUUCCCAUUCUGGAAGAGGAAAUCUCAGGGUGAGGAGGAGGACUACAAGCCAUUCAAUCUGGAGAAGAAGAAGCCAAGAUUUAGCAAUGAGAAUGGGCAGCUGAUUUUUGGGGAUGAUGAAGAUUUGGUGAAGGGUCCUUUACAGCGACUAGACAUUGGAAUUUCUCUUACAAGAAUUCAACCUAAUGCAAUGAGUGCACCCUACUCCCAGAGUCAGGCCACUGAAAUAGGGUGUGUUGUAAGAGGCCAAGGUAGAAUUGAGAUCAUCUCACCGGAGGGAGCUCAACAACAGAGGAGGAGAGAAGGUGAGGGUGGGGAAGGAGGAGAAAGGGAAAGAGGGAGAGAAGAGGAAGAGGGUGGAAGUUCAAGAGGAAGAGAAGAGGGUGGAAGCCGAAGAGGAGGAGAGCAAUUCAGGCUAUCUUACCACCGAGAAGAGGCCGAAUUGCAACGUGGGGACUGUUUUGUAAAUCCAGCAGGGCACAUGGCGGUUCAGAUAGCUUCCCCCAACUCCAAGGAACCCUUUGAACUCAUCAUUUUCACCAUCAACGAUAACGAGCGCAACAGAAUCAUCUUCUACGCAGGGAAGAAUUCGGAGUUAAGGGAGAUGAGAGACGAGGUUCUGGCGGCCUCAUUCAAGGGAAAAGAAGAUGAAGUGAAAAGUGUGUUCGAAUCCCAGAAUGAUCAGAUCUUUUUGAAGGGUCCCUCGGGUAGAGGAUCAAGGGACAUGGGAGAGUGGAGCAUUCUGUAAAUGUGUCCUCUGGUUUAGUAUGCGUUUUGUUCUAACUGUAAAUAAGAGGAUGAAAUGGCUAGGUGGAAUGGAGGAGAAUAUGUAAUGGCCUUUUUGAAGAGACUAUGUCUAUAUUAUGAUAAUAAUAAUAAUAAUACUGCCUUUCAUCAUCUCAGACUCGUAUUGAAAACGUUUUUCUUGUCCAUGAUUUCAUGCCUACCAAAGCACUCAUGUAUUGAUAGGCGAUCAUUAUCAACCUAAAUAACAAAAUCAUCCACACAUUUGGGUUUGGAUCUAUAA